UUCCUUUGCAUUUUUUGCAAAUAACUGAUUUCUUAAUUUCCCUAAUUUCUUGUGAAAAUGGUAUAUCACGUUCAAUAUAUACGUAAAUAAUUAUAACUUAAGCAACGUUGUGACAAUCAUUGAAAAAAACAGUUUAAUAAAAAAUGAGUUCCGUCUGGAAACGAUUACAGCGGGUAAACAAGAGAGCUGCGAAAUUUCAAUUCACUGUGUCAUAUCAUGAAGUUACUUUAGAAACGACAACAAAAUGGAAGCCAAACAAACUAAGUAUUGUGUGGACAAGACGUAGUAGAAGAGUUAGCUCAGAACCUGUAGAUUGGGAACCAAGUUUAAGUGACCCAUUAAAAGGUGUCAUUAGUUGGGCAGUUCCUGACAAUCAUACAGUUUCAGUAACUUUGUUUAAAGAUCCAAGAACUCAUGAAUUAGAAGAUAAAGAUUGGACAUUUGUAAUUGUAGAUGUUUCUUUCACUGGAAAAAGACGACAUGUAGCUGCCACAAAUAUAAAUAUGAAAAAGUAUGCGACUUUAGAAUCUAGUCAACAACAACUUAAGUUAGAUUUGAAACCUACAUCCAAAAAAAUUGUUAGUGCUACAUUGGAAUGUACUUUAUCAUGUGUCUUUUUGAGAGAGGGCAAAGCAACGGACGAGGAUAUGCAGAGUAUGGCUAGUUUAAUGUCAGUUAACAACAACAGUGAUAUUGCACCUUUAGAUGAUUUUGAUAAUGAAGAUAUACCAGAGGAUGUUGAAGAAGUAUCUGUAAAAAAUCUUGAUGAAAUUUUAGAUAUUUCUGCUCAGCUUGAUCUAAUGACAAGUAGUCUUACCGAAAGUGAAUUACCUAGUACUCCAAUAAGUGUGGCAAGUUUAUCAAAAGAUGAUACUACACCUGUAAAUGACAGUGGUCACUUUAUACAUGAUGUUAGUUUAACAGGCAUUGUUGAUUCCUUUAAAGAAAAAUCUCCUUUAAAGGAUAAUAUCGCUGUUGAAAACAACAAAAAUAUUGAACACAGUACAUUAGCAAGAUUACCAUUGCAACCAUUAGAACUAAAAAAAAAUGAUGUUAAUAUUCCUAAAUUAAAAGAAAUUACUCCAGGUCAGGAUUUACUAGAAUGGUGUAAAGAAAUAACAAAAGAUUAUUCUGGUGUGAAAGUUACUAAUCUUACAACUUCUUGGAGAAAUGGGAUGGCAUUUUGUGCAAUCGUACAUCAUUUUAGACCAGAUCUUAUAGACAUAGAUUCACUAUUACCACAUGAUGUGAAAGGUAACUGUAAAAAGGCAUUUGAUGCUGGAGAAGUUCUUGGUAUACCUAGAGUAAUAGAACCAGCUGAUAUGGAUAUAUUAACUGUACCUGAUAAAUUAGCUGUGAUGACAUAUUUGUAUCAGCUAAGAGCACACUUUACUGGUCAUGAAUUAGAGGUACAUCAAAUAGGUAAAACUACAGAUGAAUCGUCUUACAUGAUUGGCAGAUUUAAUACAGACAAUAAUUCAGAUGUAAGUGUGCAAUUGUUUGGUCAAGAAAUAAUUAAUUUACGUAAAAAAGAUCAAACGGAUCACAAAAGUAACAUAGCAGACAACAACAGACGGUACAUUCAUUAUACAGAUGUUAAUACUGAUUCUCUAAAAAAUAAGUUACAUUUGAAUUUGAAUCAGGAAAAUCAAGAUCACGAUCUGUGUAAUAAAGAUAAAUCACCAUCCAGUGUUAAGGAUGUUAAAGAUAUUAUACUAGCUAGUUCAAAAAGUAUUCUAGAGAAAGUAUUAUCACCAACUAAGGAAAAAUAUUUAUCUAGAGAAAAAAGUAAAUCUCCACCUAGGGCAUCCCAGACACAGCAACGCCCUAUGUUAAUGACUCGUCGACAAUUAACAGAUCCCUUUGGAUCUGAUGAAGAGGAGGAAAAUAUUCAAAUAAUUGAUGAAAAAUGGUCUCAAUCAAUCUCAAUUGACAAAUCCGAAACGUCAGUUCAUAGUGAUUCAGUCAAUAUAAGUGAAAGGGGAAAAUGUACUGAAUAUCAAAAUGUAUCACCAUCACAAGGAGAACAGCGUUCACAUCUAAUAGUCAGUCGGCAUGAUGAGUUAAGAGAACGCGCCAGGCAGCUAUUAGAACAGGCUAGGAAUCAUACAAAAUCGACUGGUCUUAUUUCUGCUGCUGUUUGUCCUAUUGAGGGUCAAAAUGAUGACGAAAGACAACAACAAUUACGUGAAAGAGCAAGACGUUUAAUAGCUGAUCUAAAAAUGGGCGUUAAUGUUACAUCAAAUCAAAUUAAUGAUGACAAUAAUAGUGAUAGACGAUCAAUAGAUGAUCAGAAUAACAGUCCAAGACGAAGUAUUACACCCUCUACUCCGAGUGAUAGAUUUAGUACAAAGUCUGAAUACAAUGGAAAUAUAUUAGGGACUCCAAAUGUAAUAGAUGGUGAGAAAAAAACAGGUUCCCCCCUAUUUUCGUUUUCAAAAAUAAUAGAGAGAAUUUCACCAGAUAAAACUAGCCCUGAUGGUACUUCGUAUACACUUAGAGGAUUGGGAAAGGAUAUGUCAUCGUAUAUUCAAAAUGAGCUAGAAGCAUUGGAAAGAGAACAGACUCAAAUAGAUAUUCAAGCUGGUCAACUUGAAAAACAACUUCGAGCUGCAAUGGAAAGUGAUAAUGAAGAUGAAACAGAAAGACUGAUGUCUCUGUGGUUUACUCUUGUUAAUAAAAAGAAUGCACUUCUGAGAAGACAAAUGCAAUUAAACAUACUGGAAAAAGAAGAUGAUUUAGAACGAAGGUUUAAACUUUUAAAUCGUGAAUUAAGAAGUAUAUUAGCAGUAGAAGAGUGGAGAAAAACUCCUGAGCAGAAAAUGCGGGAAAAUUUACUUUUAGAGGAACUAGUUUCUAUUGUAAACAAGAGAGAUGAAUUGGUUCAUCACCUUGAUACACAAGAAAGAGCUAUUGAAGAUGACGACGAAAUAGAACGUAAUUUAUCCAGAGCUGGUUUAGCUCAACGAAAUAAAAAUUGUGUGAUACAAUAAAAGCUUAAUUUUAUUCCUCUUGAUGUAAUGAAAAUGACAAGCAUGAUUCGUUUUGCUGUGGGUUGCCAAAGAAAAUACAAAAUUUUCCUUGAAGGUAAAAUCAAGAAUUUCAUGAUCAAUA